AGUCUCCCACUUCUCUUCCUAAAAUUCUGUGUAUAAAUAUAUAUACACAUACAUACAACGAUUCAGGGAAAUAAGCUGUCUGAAUUAUACUAUGAAGAGGGGAUAAAGCAAAGAGGGUACAAUUCGAACUAGGUUAAGUAUCUUUAUAUUGAUUUAUGUUGGCUUUUUUUGAGGGGCUUCAUUACAUAUUUUUGGGAAACAUUACGAGUUUUCAUUGCUUAUAUGAGUUUGUUAUACCUUAAAUUAAGAUUUUGGAUUGUGCAAAAUUUAGGGUUUAUUGAUUGUUUUUUAACCAUUGUUGAUUUCUGACCAGGUCGUUUUAUCAUGGUUCGCUCUGUAGUACUGUAUAUACACACACUUACAUGCGUUUGUAUGUAUAAACGCAUAGCUAUUAAUCUACUAAACUGUCAUUGAAGAACUAAGGCUUAUGUUGGUCGAUUGAAACUGGUAUAUGCUGGGAGCUUAGCCCAUGGACUAAGUUUAGGGUUUUGAUUUAGAUUACCAAAUAUGAAAAAAAAAAAAAAAAAAAUGACUAUAAGAUAGAGAAUGUGGUCUGAAGGCGUAUGAUUUUGUUUUCAUGAUUUCUUUACUUUCCUUGAACAGCUUCUGUAUCUACAAGUGGUUUGAAGAAUUUUAGAGUAAGGAGAUUUCAUGUCUGGGAUGUCAUAUUUAGACCUUAAAUUGGUAGUUGUUCUAAUGGGUGUCACUUUUUAGGGUUUGAUUUAGAUUACCAAGAAUGAAAAGAAAUGACUUUAAGAUAUAGAGAAUGUGGUCUGAUGGCGGAUGAUUUUUUUUUCAUGAUUUUUUUUUCUUUCCAUGAACAGCGUCUGUAUGCUACAAGUGGUUUGAAGAUCUUUAGAGUAAGAAGAUUUCAUGUCUGGGAUUUCAUAUUUAGACCCUAAAUUGCUAAUUAUUCUAAUGGGUGUCACGGUGCGUUUUAGGGUUUGAUUUAGAUCACCAAGAAUUAAAAGAAAUGACUUUUAAGACAGGGAGAAUGUGGUCUGCAGGCGGGUCACUUUGUUUUCAUGAUUGCUUUUCUUAAACUGCUUUUGUAUGCUACAAGAGUGGUAUGAAGAUCUUUAGGGUAAGAAGAUUUCAUGUCUGGGAUUUCAUAUUAGGACCCUAAAUUGCUAAUUGUUCUAAUUGGUAUCACGGCCCUUUUGUUCGGUGUUCUUUUUGGUUGUUAUACGAUUGAACUAAUUUUAUUUAUGCUGUUACAAUUAUUUUUUUGUGUAUUGCUUACUUCUAUUGGUAUUCUUGAUACAAUUUAAGUUUAAUGUCCAUUACAAUGCAUGUGUUCCAUUUUUAUUCUAUUUAAUAGAUACUGACAGUAUUGACAUGCAUUGCUUUCUUUGUUGUGACUUAUUAUCAAUGGGCCUUUAUCAUUUUGGCUCUUGUGUUUUUAGGUUGAUCAAACAUUUAUUUUUUAGUAAACAAAGCAGAUGAAAAGGCCAGCACCAUAUCCGGAUUCCAAUAACCCAUAUGCUGCUUCUCAAAUGCAGCAUAUGUCUGAUCAGGGAAUGCCACAUAAUACAGGAAUGAAUGACUUUCCUGGACGCACAGACUCUUUUUCUGCCAAGCAAGAGCAUCCAUAUAUUUCCUCAAAAACAGAGGGACAAUGGCAGCAGGAUAGAGAUGCACCAAAAGGAUCAAAUCCAAUGAUGUCACACAUGUACAAUGAAGGUCAAAGAGGCAAUGCGACUAGACCCUUUCACCAGGGACAGAUGCUGGAUGCAAAAGUGGAAUUAGAGAUACAAGGCAACAAAGAACCCAGACUCCAGUCCCAUGAGCAAGACAUGGAAAUUGGUUAUGAGGACAAACCUUUGCCAUUGACUUUUGAAAAUCUUGAGCAGAAAUUCCAGGGUGAAGUUAUGAAACUGAUGAAGGAACAGUGGGAUGCAGAAGAUGCAGAAAAUGCGAGGCACAGGGAGAAAAUAAUAGAGAUUAAUACCCGAUACCAGGAGAAACUAUCAUCACUCCGAGCCAAACAAGCCAAUCGUGGAGAAGAGUUUCUGCACAAGGAAUUACAGGCACGACGACACCAAUAUCAGCAAGCUGAAAUGGACCACCACCUGACCAACACAGCCCCAAGGGACCCUUAUGGUUAUGGUGGAGCUGCAGCGGCAGAAGCACAAGCGCAUCGAGCGUAUUCUGCCGAUCGAUUUGAGCCCUAUAGAGAGCAAACACAAUUUCUUGGGGCUGGGAUAAGUCAAGGAACUGAGGGAAGGGUUCCAUACCCCCACGGACGUGUUUACAACAAUGCUGGUGCUCGCUAUCGAUAAUGGCCAUCUCCACAACAAUACUGGUCCCUGUGCUUGCUAUCAGACACUAGUGUGAAAUCCUAUCCCUUGGUCAGACCAAUUUACUGAUUUCAUCUUUGGCUUUAGUUGAUGUUCUUGUUCCAGUAUGCGGUGUUUAAAUGUGAAAUAGGGAAACAUCGUCUUUUCAUCGACUAGAUAUGAAGCAGUCAACUAAAUAUGAAUCAUCAGUUUCAAAACUGGCUGUAAAUGGCCAUGAUAUAGUUCCUCCUUGGAUUUUUAGGAACCUCUCUCUCAUGAACCCCCUUUCUGUUGCCUAGUCGAUUUUUUCGUGUUGAAGUUGCGCAAGUCUUUUCAACCCAUGAGAUGGAAUUGGUGGUCAGUGAGAUCAGAUAUUUCUUAACAGUAGAUUUUUCAGUGUAUGAUACGAUUCUGUAUCUUUUUAUGGUGGCAUGUAAUUUCAUGAGUCAUGACAAUACACAGAAUAUAUAUAUAUAAUUAGGAUCCUAAAUCUUA